ACCAAUUAUGGCCGCAGUGUGGUGCGUACGGUCGCGAAGAAUGCGCUAAAAUAAGCCAAAACACACACACACUCUAGGAUAAACCACAAUGGCGCAUACAUCUAGUACCGGCGUUGUGGUGCCACGAAAUUUCCGCUUAUUGGAGGAGCUGGAUCAGGGGCAGAAGGGUGUUGGAGAUGGCACUAUUUCGUGGGGACUGGAAAACGAUGAUGAUAUGACACUUACCUACUGGAUUGGCAUGAUCAUUGGCCCCCCAAGAACACCAUUCGAGAAUCGAAUGUAUUCACUAAAGAUUGAGUGCGGCGAACGUUAUCCGGAUGAGCCACCAACGCUCAGAUUUUUAACAAAAGUUAAUAUUAAUUGCAUUAAUCAGAAUAAUGGCGUGGUUGAUCAUAGAUCAGUGCCGAUGUUGGCCAGAUGGAGUCGUGAAUAUACCAUUAAAACGAUGCUUCAGGAAAUACGUAGAAUUAUGACCAUGAAAGAGAACCUGAAAUUGGCACAACCGCCAGAAGGUAGCUGUUUUUAGUCGGCAACAACAACAAUAACAACAACAACAAUUCAAGCAACAACAACAACCUACAGCAACAAUAACAACAACUGCAGGCAGCAGCAACAGCAGCAACACACAACUUCAACAACCUACAACACUCAGCUGUGAGUGCUAUGCGGUAAGUCGUCCUAAUCCUCUCCAGCGAAACAGAAGAGGAGAGAAGAGAGAGUUGUGUGUCUGAUGUCUGAGAGAGAAUAGUUGGAGAAGAGAGGAGCUGAGCUGCUUUGUUGUUGUUGUUGUUGUUCUUGUUGAAUUAAAGUGUGUGUGUGCUCUCCGCGCGUUGGCCAGCAAGCAAGAAAGCAAGCAACAACUAAAGCAAAAUAUAUACUAUAAGUGUAACAACAACAACUGCAACAGCAAGAAGAUGAAGUAGAAGAAGAAGAACAGCCACAGUAAAACGUCACUACAAGAAACAAACAAUGGUCGUCUCUCGUCCCUUCCAUCAUCGAGCGUCGUCGUACGAAAUUGUCAUCAUGUUUGGUUAUCACACUUUCUUAACUAAGAAAUAAAACAAAACUGAAAACUGCAAGAAACAAAAAAAAGCAUUAAAAAAAGCCUAAAGCCUACAUUUAAAAAAAAGGGAAAUUUACAUUUAUAAUUUUACUCACGCAAUUUACAAGCAAAAAACCGAGAAAAGGAAAUUCGUAAAGUAAAAAUUGAUUGAGAUAUGAAAAAAAUGUUCAGCGAGUUCUGUUUUUAAUUGCAGCGUCGCAGACAAAGUCGUAAUUAUCGUUUUUGCAUAACUAAGAGAAAAUUAUUAAUUAUAUAUAUAUAUAUAUAUACAAAUUUAAGUGAAAUUUUUGUAGUAAAAACAAAAAAAGCAAAAAAAAGAAAAGCAAACAAAAAAGGAACCGAACCGAGGCAAUUGUAACAAUUUAAUUAGUUUUCCUUCCUUCUUCUAAUGCGACGUGAGACUCGAUUUAUAAUCAUUGAAAAAACCAAUUGCGGUAAAUAUAAACAACAAUUAUACACGAAAAAUACACACACUCUUACACACACACACACACACUAAACUGAUGAAGAAGUCGAACGGGCAGAACGAUGAAAACAAAA